AUAGUUAAAAUCACCGCUGCGUCGUUUUUUUAUUUUAAAAAAAAACUAUGAAUCUUAUAAUUCUAAUAUCAAUACUACCAAUUAUUAGCGGCCCGGUAUUUUCGGCCACUGAAAAAUUGGUUACGACUAAGCCCGAAAGUGCCGGGGUUGAUAAAUUUCCAGAUGAUUUUCUAUUUGGAGCGGCUACGUCGGCUUAUCAAAUCGAAGGUGCUUGGAAUGUAUCAAACAAAGGAAAAUCUAUUUGGGAUCUAUGGUCUCACGAAAAGCCAUCCGUAGUAUAUGACGAAACGAAUGGUGACGUGGCAGCAAAUUCUUAUUAUUUGUACAAAACUGACGUCGAUUUGGUCAAACAACUUGGAGCAAAUUCGUACCGAGUUUCUUUGUCCUGGUCGCGAAUUUUGCCAACGGGUUUUGACGAUUACGUCAACGAAGACGGUAUCAGAUAUUACAAUGAUCUAUUUGACGAGAUGUUGAAGAAAAAUAUAACACCUUUUGUUACAAUUUACCACUGGGAUUUGCCACUUAAUUUGGAAAAUUUGGGCGGAUGGGCGAAUCCGUCAAUCGUCGACUGGUUUGUCGAUUACGCGCGAGUUGUAUUCAAUGCAUUUGGGGCGAAGGUCAAAUUAUGGGGGACGUAUAAUGAACCCAUGUUCAAUUGCUACUACACUUAUAACGGAGCUUGGGCGAGAAAAAAUCCGAUUUAUAAAACAAAAGCUGGAAUUUACGAUUUUCUUUGUGGCCAUCACGCAUUGCUGGCUCAUGCUAAAACGUAUCAGUUGUACAAAAAAAAUUUCCGCGCAACUCAAAAAGGAGAAAUAUCAAUCAUCAUAGCGCCUUUUUCAACGAUUCCACGAAAUCCAAGUGACCCAGAAGACGUCGAAGCAAAUAAUUUUUAUCUACGAUUCCGCAAUGACUGGUUUUUGCACCCAAUUUUUUCAAAAAAAGGAGAUUACCCGCAAGCAAUGAAAGACGCGAUAGCAAAUCACAGCGCGAUUCAAGGAUUCCCUAAGUCACGCUUGCCCGAGUUCACAAAAGAAGAAAUUGUGUUGAUAAAAAAUUCAGCGGACUUUUUGGUCAUUAAUUAUUACACAAUCGUAACCAUAUCAAAGUUCAAAAAUUUAGAUAUAAAAAAAACGGUAUCUUUUGAUGCAGAUGUAGGCGCUCGUCAUUAUUUUACUGUACCAGAUACAUCAGUUGUAGGAUAUGAGAACCAAUGCACAAUUCCAUAUUGCCAACCAUGGGGUCUGUCACUAACCAUACAUCGUAUAACACGUAAGUAUGAUAUUCCAAAAAUAGUAAUUGGAGAAAAUGGUUACAUGGACUACCAUAAUUUGGCCGGGUUAAACGACAUCGACCGAGCAGAAUAUCACUAUUAUCACCUGAAAGAACUUCUCAAGUUGAUAAAAGAGGGUAUCAAUAUCAAAGGGUAUUAUGUGUGGUCACUAAUUGAUCUUUUUGAAUUUAGUAGAGGUUACACUUGUAACUAUGGAAUUUAUGCAGUAAAUUUUACGGACCCAAAUCGAACACGAACACCCAAAAUAUGGUCAACAAAACUAUUGAAAGAAAUUUAUACAACGAAAACUAUUCCUUCAUCUUUUACUAAUUUCGUCAAUCAAAAUAGACAAUAAAAUCUUAAUAUUUUGUGAUAUUAA